AUGUCCAACGUCAACAACUCGAACGACGAGGAGGGCAACCAGCCUAGCGGCAUCCUCGCCAAGGGCCUCGACCCCGUCGGCCAAGGGCUCGGCAAGGUGCUGUCGCCGGUGGGCGCGGUGGUGGGGACGGUGACGAAGCCGGUGACGGGGACGGUGGGGGGCGUCACGAAGCCGUUGCUGGACCCCGUCGUGGGCGAGGAGAAGGAGCGGUCGCAGAUGAUGGGCGGCGACAAGCGGGCCGAGGAUUUCGGCAAGCAAGCCCAGCGCGACAAGGAGCCGUUUGGCGGCAAGGAGCAGACGGGGCACAAUCCGUUGGGCUUGUGA